AUGCAAACUAUGGUGAUUGUUUGUCAACAGUGUGGUGACAGAGGCUUUGAAGAUGCCUUAAUCUACUGUGAACAGUGCCAGAAUUAUGCUAUUCAUCUUUAUUGCCUUGAUGUGCCUGCAGAAAAUAUUUUUGAUGAAGAUAUUACUUGGCUUUGUGUGGAUUGUGAACCAAAGAUUAUAAAGCCUUCUACAAUUGAUAAAUCAGUAAGAUCAACAAAAAAUCGUCAUAACAAGAAGUUGAAGAAAAGGAGGAGGAAAAAGAAUAGAUUGACUUUUCCUAAAUCUGUGGCUAAAAAGGCGCAGAUAUGUGAAGGGGAUAAAAUGAUUUUACAGAUACGUGAAGGUAGCCCUUGUGAACAUGAGGCUGAGGGCAGUAAUAAUUGUGACAGUGGUCAGAAUGUUGGUAAUCCGUGCAGAGAAGUUCUUGAAUAUCAGUUCAAUUCCUUCCAUGACAUUCUUGAGUUUGUAAAAACCUCUCAAAUUAUUACUAGUGACGCUUUACAAAUCAUAGAACACAAUUCUUAUGUUGCCGCACAGCCUAUCAUUGAUCCAAUCUGGAGGGGAAGUCUAAGCAUAUUCAACAAAGACUUCAACAUUGUUAGUGGACUUGUAGCCCAUCUCUCUAGCUUAGCCUGUCCUAAAGUGCGCGAGGAGGCAGAACUGUUGCCGUUGCUGAUUUUUCCAGAAUUGGUUCGUAGGACUGAUGUGUGGCCAAAAGCUUUUGAGAAGUUGGGGCCUAGUGACCGGAGUAUCGCUCUUUACUUUUUUCCCGACAACGAAAGAGAUGAGAAAGAUUUUGACAGUCUCGUGGCUAGCAUGAUCCAGGAUGAUCUCGCUAUGAAAGCCAUUCUGGACAAUGCUGAGCUUUUAGUUUUCACUUCGACUAUACUGCCCGAGCAAUAUCAGAGGUUUCAGACAAAGAUUUAUUUAUGGGGAGUAUUUAGGGCAAAGAAAUUUCCAGAAUUAACAAAUGGUAAUGCUCCCGGUGGGGAGAAAGACGUUGCAUUGCCCUUAACCUUAACCUGUUAUGGACAGAGUCCAGUUAGUACGUUGAGCAACAAUGUAGAUAUUAGUUGUGAUCCUGAACCACUGAAUUCCUAUUGUUCUUAA